CACGUCUCCCACGCCGCGAGCCAUCCUGAAGGAAGACGAUCAUGGCGUCGCCGAAGGAGGAGGAGGAGAUCAAGGCCAUGGAGGUACAGAUCGAGAAGGACCCCAGCCGGAAGCACGUGUUCGACGUCAUCAUCGGCGGCAAGUUCUUCCUCGCCGCCACCGUCGCCGGCGGCCCCGAUGGCGGCGGCGGCGGCGACGCCGCCGUCAAGGACUGGGUCCAGCAGGUCCAGAAGUCGCACCGCAAGGGGAAGAAGGGGGAGGCCGUCGUCGUCGGCGUCUCCGCCGAGCGGAGCCGGAGCUACGCGAACGCCCCGUACAAACCCUACAUGUUGACGCCUGGUUCGAAGGACAAUCCCUACGACUUGCUUCAGCUGUGCGUGGGGAACCAGUGCCUUCUCUACGAGCUCCAUCCUUCGCACCCGAUCCCCAAGGUCCUCAAGGACUUCGUCCACGACUCGAGGAUCUUCGGCGUCGGGAUGGAGGCGAUGGCCAAGGAGCUCGAGAGGGAGUUCGGGCUGACGAUGCGGAAGCCCGUGGAGCUCCGGAAGCUGGCGGAGAGGUCCGAGGAGGUCUCGGCCGGUUACGUGGACUUCCGGAGGAAGAAUCUGGAGCAGCUGGCGAGGGUCGUGCUGGGAGGGGAAGCGGAGGUGGCGAGGCCGAGGAAGAUGAAGUGGCGGAAUCAAUAUAAGUACGGCCCGGGCGAGUGGGAUUAUGAUCUCAGGCUCUCCGACGAGUUGAUCAAGCACGCGAGCAUCGACGCUUUCCUGGCUUGCAAGAUGGGGACGAAGCUGUUGAAGAAUGUUGACUGAUCCUGGUUAGUCCCGCGCUUUUCUGGGUACAUACUACUGAUACGGUGGUGAUUAUCAAGUUUGUCGAUGAUGGAAUUGAUGAUCGCCAAUUAGGCAGUUUUAGCACAAGAACUCCGUCGUGUUUCUACAAUAGUCAGUCUGGUUUAGCGGUAGAAUCGAGGAAGUCCGAGAGAAUUCAGUCUCUUUUUCCUCUGUCAGAUUAGGGUUUCCCUUUUCGAUUUCCCGUGUGGGGAUUCGCCUUCGAAAUGGUUCAUCAGUGACCCUUUUUACUGUGAUCCGUCAUGUUGAUAUCGUGCUUUUAAAAAUUUGAACUUGGGUAUCUGCUCGACUUGAUGAUGGCUGUCAUCAACUCUGCAUUCAUUCUGAUUCAUUAGAGCUUUUGAUCGUGGUCUCGAA